AUGAGGACAUCUUUGUCUCGUAUCUCCGGUAAUGCUCUCGCAGUUCGAGACCGAUUGAAGAGCGCGAAGAUACCAUCACCAACACCAUCAAAACAAGGCGCAUUUCUUUGUUGUUGCUGUUGUUACGCCUUUACGACUUUCGCACUGAAUAAAGGUGUUGGUUUUUCGUCAAAUUCUUCCACGACGACCCAUACGAGCGGGGAAAAACAGUUGAAAGCGUUGUGGGCGGGAGCGUACGAAGCUUGGAUCGAUGUGCCGGAAUCGAGAAAAAAAGUUUUGUACAUGAAACCAACUUUGAAUACUGAUACUAAUACUAAUACGAGGAGGAGUAACAGUGAUGAUGAUGCGUUUCAGUUUCCGACUUGGUUACAGAGGAAACAAGUGUUCGCUUUGACUGGACACAACCCGCGAGGCGUGGAAGUCGAUCGAGCGAGAAACGAGCGAGCGAACGAAAAGUUGGAAGAGAAGAUAAAGAGGUUAAUCACGUCGAGAGGAAGCCAAGGAAAAGACCAGGCGAUGUAUUGGCCGUCGUUUGGGUUUUCCUCGGAGGAUGACUGGAGAGAAGACGGGUACGCGGUGGCGUUUUCGGAUGUGGACGCCACCGCGGAGAGCGACGUGGUACGGCUCGCGAAGGAGUUCGAACAAGGCGCGAUUUAUAAAUACAGAUGGAUUAACGACGAAAAAAGGAUGGAGAGGAAGACGGUUGGGGCGUUGAUGAUGGAAACGGAAGAAACGGGGUAA